UGUGAAAAUUAAGGCCGAGUAUUAAGGCCACAUUUAAAAAAUAACAUCUGAGAUUUCAAAAAUAAAGUGUUUUUUUUAUGAGAAUAAUAAUAAUUUAUGAGAAGAAAAGUUGUGGGAAAAAAGUCCGUAAAUGUACAAGUAAAUAUGAGAAUAAAAAUAAAAUAAAAAAAAGUCUGAAAUUUCUGAGAAAAGUUGUAGUAUUGUAAUAUGAGAAAAAAAACUCAUAUAAUAAUAUUGGAAUACUAGAAUAAAGUUUUACACUUGAGAUAAAAAUAAGGCAAAUUUUUAGUAGGGCUGUCAAAAUUAAGGCCACAUUGAAAAAAUAACAUCUGAGAUUUCAAGAAUAAAGUGUUUUUUAAUGAUAAUAAUAAUAAUUUAUGAGAAGAAAAGUUGUGAAAAAAAAGUCUGUAAAUGUACAAGUAAAUAUGAGAAUAAAGUAAAAAGUGCAAGUUGUAAAUUUACAAGAAAAAAAGAAAAGUUGUAGUAUUGUAAUAUGAAAAAAACUCAUAAUAAUAUUGUAAUACUAGAAUAAAGUUUUACACUUUAGAUAAAAAGUCAGAAAUUUAUGAGAAAAGUCAGACAUUUACGAGAAAAAAAUUAUAUUAUCUUUGCUACUAUUAUCUAAAGUCAUACAUAUAUGAGAAAAAAAUUGUUGUAAAGUUGUAAAUUUUGAAAAAAUAUAGUCGUAAAUUCACAAGAAAAAAAGUUGUUAUAUUACCAAACGUCAAGUAAGUCCCCCAUUUCCAUAGUUGUCUCAGGCAAUGCCUGUUAAAACGGAGUAUUUAAAUAAUCUGAGAUUCCAAGAAUAAAAUCAUACAUAUAUGAGAAAAAAAAAUUGUUAAAAAAAGUUGUAAAUUUAGAAAAAAUAUAGUCGUAAAUUUACGAGAAAAAAGUCGUAUUACCAAAGGUCACAUAAGUCCCCCAUGUUCGUAGCUGUCUCAGGCAGUGCCUGUUACAACAGAGUAUUUAAAUAUUCAGCUAUUCCAAGAAUAAAAUCAUAUAUAUAUGAGAAAAAAAAUGUUAAAAAAAAGUUGUAAAUUUAGAAAAAAUAUAGUCCUUAAUUUACGAGAAAAAAGUCAUAAUAUUACCAAAGGUCACACAAGUCAUCCAUGUUCAUAGCUGUCUCAGGCAGUGCCUGUUACGACGGAGUAUAAUAUAGAAAUAUAUGUAUAUGUAUUACAGAAUCACACAGCUGAGAUGUGGAUAUGUGCCCCCCCCAUCCCAAAAAAGCACACACGCACACACACUAUGGGAACAUUUAAACAGGAAGGUUGGAGAGCUGCCUAAAACCGCACUUGGGUUUACUUGCAGUACAAUGCUUCCACCUGUUGGACACACGUGGAAAUGCAGCCUGUGUUUUUAACCACACAUGAGUUGGUGCAUCCCUGUUGAACAUAACCUGUGUAUCGACUACUUUUAAUUGGGUUCCUUUUACACCAGCAUUGUAAUCGUACCACACUUUGAGAGUAGUAAAUUGAUCUUGUGUUUUUUUGCCGUAUGAAUACCCUCUGAUGGGAUGGUUUAUUGUAAUAAAAAGUCACCUGAAAUGCUAAGAAGAAGAGACAAGUCGAAGAAAAGGAGGAAAAGCUGAGCUGAACCGAAUGCUCCCCCAACCUCGCCUAUGCGGGAGUUACAGAGAAGAGCUAUUCCAGAGGAGGCUGUUACUUCUUCCUGAACGCCCUCCCAACUCCUCCCUCCUCAUGAGUGCACUUGUUCCUCCUCCUUUAGAGAAACAACUUCUGACUCUGCUUUUUGCCUUUGAAACCUCUUCCUGUGGAAGCGCUGAGCUUUCAACCACCAUCAAAGGCGAGGCACACGGCUCGGGAGUUCGUUUCUGCGCAAUCCUCGACUCCACCAAAUUGCCUUAAUGCGGCACCCGAUGGCACCUUUGGCUGCCUCCUUGGUCCAGGCAUGACCGUCACCCCCACCAAAGACAAAGCCGCUUCAUCCUCGUACAAGGAUACAGGUCUCAGAGCUGCUCCAGCACGGAUGGAUGAGGUGGAAGGCGUGCGAUCCAAGCUCUCUGCUGAGGAUGCCAUUUCUUUGUCUUCCUCCCUGGCCGAGCCCAUCAACCUGGAAGAUGCUCACUACACUCUGCUGCGAGGCGAGCUGGACAGCGACGGCCACAACCUGGAGGCGGAGUCCUGGAGCCUUUCCACCGAUCCGGACUACCUGAGGACUCUGCAGAGAGAGGCAGUUCAAAGACAGGACGUUAUCUACGAGCUCAUCCAGACGGAGAUGCACCACGUGCGCACUUUAAAGAUCCUCCGACACGUCUACAUGCACGAGCUAAGGCAGUCUCUGCUCUUGGACGAGGGCAAAAUCGACGCGCUCUUCCACGGCGUCGACGCCCUGCUCGCCUUGCACCAGCACUUCCUCGGCUGCCUGAAAAUGCGCCAAAGCCAAAGUCAGGAAGAGGGAAGUCCACACGGCUACCAAAUCACAGAGCUUGGAGACGCACUCGUCUCUCAGUUUUCAGGCACCGUGGGUGAAAAAAUGAAGGAUUGGUACAGCGCCUUUUGCAGCCAUCACACCGCCGCCGUCAAUCUGUACAAAGAGCUGGUGCAGAACAACAAGAAGCUGCAGGGCCUCAUGAAGAAAAUUGGUCAGCUGACCCUGGUGAGAAGGUUGGGGAUCCCCGAGUGUUUUCUACUGGUGACUCAGCGCAUCACAAAAUAUCCCAUCCUGGUGGAGCGAAUUAUCCAAAACACUGAAGCUGACACGGAUGAGCAUCAGUCUCUGCUCCAGGGUUUAGCGUACAUAAAAGACACCAUCUCCCAGGUCAACCAGCGAGUCAGGGAAUACGAAAAGGCCUCCCGCCUGAGAGAGAUCCACGCUCGCUUGGAGCCCAAAUCAGUGGGCCGGCUGAAGGACGGCCAAGUGUUCCGCAGGGAGGAUCUGAUCCAGGACAACAGGACGCUGCUCCACGAAGGCCAAGUCACCUGGAAGUCCUCUGGCAGACACAAAGACGUCCACGCGGUGCUGCUGUCGGACGUUCUCCUCCUCUUGCAAGACAAAGAUCAGAAGUUUGUCUUUGCUGGCGUGGAUAACAAACCACCCGUGGUCUCCCUUCAAAACCUCAUCUUGAGGGAGGUGGCCCAUGAAGACAAAGCCAUGUUCCUCAUCUGCGCGUGCACCUCAGAGAUGUACGAGCUCCACGCCGGCUCCCGUGAGGAGCGCGUCAGCUGGAUGGCUCUGAUACGAGAUGCAAUAAACCAUCUCUCAGAGGAGGACGCACUCCACCAGGAGAUCAUCACCAGACUACAGGAAUAUCAAGAUCAUUUAAAGGAGCGGGAUGAGCAGAUCAAGCGAUGCCUGUCUGAGAAGCUGCUCAUCUACAGCACCCUGUACAAGGACGUGACGGGACACGAGAGCCCCUCCAGGGCACUGCUGCUGCGAGGAGACCCCACUGACCUCCAGCAGGGGGAGACGCUGCUCAAAGGCGCCAUCAGCGAAGUGGAAGACAUUCAAAACCUCCUCUUCCAAACCAGAAUGACGGACUCGAAUGACAUCCAGGGUGGUGGUGAUGUUGAUAAGAUGCCGGGUAGGAGAGCUGAGGCUUGGGGGGCGGCUGAGAGCAACCCGCCCGCAAGCCCAAUGAAAAAUGGAGAUGCGGCCCAGGGGCUCCGCUACGAUGAAAUGGUGCCGCUCUACUGCUCCCACAUGUCUGACGACUCCCAGCUGAAGGACAGGUACCACCCGGAGAGCCUUCCCAAGAGGGCCGACAACGACCACACAUGGACGCCUGAGUCUGCUUCUCCUCCCGACCACUUCCAGGCAGAGGUGUGUGACCGGGUCAUACUGCUUGCACAGAGGCUGUAUACGUUACAGGCCAUCGUGGCUCAGCAGGACAGUCAGAUCGAGCUGCAGCACGUCCUGCGGACCCAGAGCAGACCCUCCCGCCCGUCCAGCAGCACGCUCUUGGAGCAGGAGAAGCAGCGCAACGUGGAGAAGCACAAGGAGGAGCUGGCCAACCUCCAGAAGCUGCAGGUGCAGCACAGAGACGCGCAGCAGCGCUGGGAGAAGGAGCGGGAGCGCCACAGUGUCUACAUGGAGGCCCUGGAGGCCGACCUGAAGCAGAGGGAGGACGACUGUGGGAAACGGGAGGAGAAGCUCAACGAGGAGAAGGCGGAGCUGGAGAGGCAGAGGGAGAGCUACCAGCAGGAUCUGGAGCGCCUCCGGGUGUCCACUAAGGCUGUGGAGAAGGACAAGGAGCGCCUGAGUCAGGAAAAGGAACGUCUGGAUGAGAAGUUGAAGAAGUAUACGGCGAGCGCCGGACACGCCAACCACGAUGACCCCUACAUCAACCUGUCCAGCUACCAGUCCUUCAGGGGAAGCGUCGCCAAUGGAGGUGGGAGUUCGAGGCCGCACAUCCUGCUCGCCACCGCCUGCGACCCCAAGGAGACUCCUCCCAAGGUGCCGCCACGCAAGGAGAGCAUCAGCUCCCAGCCGGCGAAGCCUGAGCUGCCCAUCCACCUGAUCAGCACCACCAACCAGGUCCACAAAGCCAGCGUGGUGCAGCAGAUCCCCACCAAGCUGGCCAAUCUGGCCAAGGGCAAGGAGAAAGGAUUCCGGGUGAAGGCAUCGCAUCAGAGAGCCCACAGCGCAGCCUCCAUCGACGUGAGCCAGGUGUUGCCCAUCCGAGUGACGGGAAAGGAAGGCGGGAGUCUUCGCGGCCCUCACAGUCACUCUCUCGGCCAGUCAGAUGACCUGAACCCGGCAGGAUACGGCCACAGCGUGAAAACGUCGCCGUCCUUCAGCGCGCACCUCAGAAGCGCCGUCGAAGCGCCGCCGCCUCCUCCACCUCCCUUCCCCAAAGAAGUGCUGCGGGAAAAAGCCACAGAGAAGGUCAUAUUCCUUUAAUUUGCUUCUCAAGGACUACCCCACUGUGAAGUACUGUAUGCCCGCCCUUUUUUUACACAAACUACUUAUGGAUGAGGAUGUUGCAACAAAAAAAAAAGGAAGGAGCUAUUUUGCACACUGGAGAAAAUACCAUUUUACGAUGUUUCUAAAGCUUUUUAAAUAUUUGAUGUUAUUACAUUGCCAAAGACUUUUUAAAAGUAUUUUUUAUUACCGAGGAAAGCAACAUUUUUAUGACCAGAUCUGUCAUCAUGAAGCUACCAUGUAGGACAGGACAGGGCUGGGCAAACCUUUGGUCUCGUGGGCCACAUUGGCGAAAGGGCCAUCAUACUCGCUCACGGUGCAACCAAACCAAAACACAACACAUCCACAGUAAGCUCGCACAUCACAUAAAUCAACUACUACUACGACUAUGUGGGUGAUAAACUACCUAGCACGGAGCCCGCAAGGCAUGUUGGGUAGUCCAGCUGCAACAACAAUAUGACCACUUCUCAUAUACUCACUUUGCAAUCCAGCAAAAAUGUUGGCAGAAAGCAUAUCACAAGCUACCCAGCAUGCCUUGCGGCAAGUAUAUAAAGGUGUUAUUUUUUUUUCCCAUGGGAAUUGUGUGGGGGUAUUUCUUUGUAGGUAGAUAGGUUGGUUGCUUCGUGGGAAUUCACAUGCUUCAUGAAUCCAGCUCACAACAAGCGAGUCAUGUUGUCCGGUAGUUUCAUGUUAGCUUAAAAAAAAUUUUUUUGGAAAUGCCUGUUGUGGCCCACAGACUGCAGUUUGCCCACCCCUGGUGUAGACAAGCACUGCAUUUGAACUCAAUAGAAAACAUUGCAAUAACGACAUGUACCCAAAAAAAAAACCAGUAAGUUCAUUAAUAUAUCAUUGUAUAAUAGACAUGUUAAUACUAAUCAUGGAGUUCCCUGUCGGGGAUGAAUAAAGGAUGUAACCAAGAA